GAAGCGCGCUACCGCUUCGUCGUCGCGCGACGCGACGUGACGACGAGCGCCCGUCCGCGCGAGAGCUUUAGUCCGCGUCCGCACGUCGGCUGAAACGCGACCGAGCCACGACCACGUCCGUGUCAAGUGUGCGCGGCUACCUCUAGUCAUUCUCGGUCGGUCCCCCUUCGGCGCGCCAAACCCUUCGAGAGUCUUCUCUCCUGCGGAAGGAUCCAACACAAUAAAGUCCUCGGUUCCUCCUCGGCCUCUUGUCCUAUCGCACCGUCGUGUCAGUCACUCUCGACGUCCCUCCGCGAGAUCCCAUUCUACGAGAGAUGCCCCGCGAUCCCCUUUGAGAGAGAAUGUCUCGUGGCAGGAGGAUUAAGACUGGCGGAAAUUCGAGAUGUAAUAUCCGGCAGCCCUAGUUACACGUACGGUGUGUGCGCGCCUUCCUGCCGUCGAGAGUCGCAGCGGGCUGCGGUACAACGAGGUCGGCACGCUUUCGGGGGAGAGCAGGACGUCUCGCCUCGCAGGAUUUUGGAUUCGAUCCGGCGACGGAGAUUUCCGGGAGGAUAGCCCAGCGUGCCAAAAGUACCAUCAGAUAGUACAAGGAUCUUUGCCAAAUUCGUGCCGCGCGACAAGCGUCGUGACCACCGCAGGAUCGUCCGCCUCGUUAACGUGUCGGAUAUGCGUUAAGGAAACGACGGCUCUCUUGCAACAGCAAAAGAGAGAGAGAGAGAGAAAAGCACCACACACCAACGAGACAUCACGAUCCGGCGGUCUCGCGGGCUCGAGAGGGUGGCCGUUGACGGUAGCCAGGAGUCGACAAUAGACAGGCACCAUGAGGAGACUCCUCCCCGGCGGGAGGAAUUGAUCGUCGACGACGACGGAACGAAGCGAGGGGAGAUUCGACGCGGGUGUGGCGAAUCGGGCCGGCGGGCCCGAUCGGUGUGAUGGUCUCAGGGUGGUGCCCGUGCGUGCCACUGGGGCGUCGGCAAUCGCCGGCCCAGCAACAACAGCAGCAGCAACAGCAGCAACCGCCGUCGUCGUCUAGGAACUCGGCGCCGUUCACCGUGAGCGCCGCGACCGACCGCGCGGAGAUGGUGCAGAUGUUCUACUACGAGAACCGCGGCAAGUGUUGCAAGAAGCUGCUCAGAUACAACGGAUACCCGAACAAGGUUCUCCUGUUCCCCGAGGAAGGCUGGGCGAGAAGCGCGAGUAGUUCCUACUGGACCCUGACGCCGUUCUGGUGGAGCCGGAGUCGGUGCAAGGUCGUGGAGGUCGCUGGAACAAGGAGGUACAGUACGCAGGCGAAGAUGGUGGACACGGGUACAGGCACGCUUUACAUUAUCGGCUCGUUCAAGAGGAUGACGACCGAUCCUGAUUUCAAGCUGUACCUGACGUCGAACGUCUCGUCGAGCGACUUCAACAUGGGCUACAGCAUGACGGGCACGCUGGAGCGCGGCUGCAAGAAGACCAACACCUUCCAGAUGACCCACUUCGCGGUGAUACGACGGCGGGACUACGAGAAGGCGUACGAGGACCCGAAUCCCACCUAGUGUCCGUCCACACCCACGCUCUCGGAGUGUGGGGACUGCGAGCAUUACACGUAGGAGUAAGGGCCGCCGGCAAGAGGGAUGCACUUUCACGCGUGUCUCACGUGCGCGGGGAAGUGCAUCCGCGUGGCGUUCCGGCUCGCUCGAUGGAUCUAUCGGGAAGGAGCGGCUCUUCAGCGGGGAACGUCGCUCGCGAACUCCCGGAAAUGCCGAAACUAUCGUUCAGGUCUCCCCGACGCUCCGAAAGUCCGUGAUCGAGAACCGGCCGAGGACACCUGUGUAACGUUAGACCGCCAAGUCGCCGAUUAAAACCGAUUUGUUCUCGAUGAGGAAAGCGAAACUGAGAAGUGGCGAGCGCGCGAAGGGGAGAAGCGAAGAUAGGCGGGUGUUAAAGAAACACCGCGAGCGUUGGAGCGUUAUGUACUUUUCCCAGGCGGAAGUUCACGAGGACGAGAGAUAAUCGAGAUGGAGAGGAGUGUGAAGGUAGGAGUCUUAAUUUACGCAGAAUCAACAUCAGCUCGCGUCUAUGAGAGAUCACAGGGACGGUAGGUAGGUGGGAAGUACGGGUCAAGAUGGAGUGGAUUGCGGGAGAAGGUGGAAGUUGAGCUUUAAUUCGCCGUCAGGAUAAAUAUUUCUUUCCCGAGUUAAAAUAUUCUUUUGAACUCGUACAAUUUCCUCUUCUUGCGAAGCUCGCGUCGAGGCGGACUGACGAAUUACACGGUGUCUCUGGUCGCGCUCGAGUCGAAGGCUCGCGGACAGGAGGACCUGGACGGCGGACUCGCAGCGAAAGGUAAGAAGGGACGAAGGAUCGUCGACAUAACGAACAUAUUGAUAUAUACCAAAGCCGAGUGGCCCCCCCCCCGCGCGCGCGACAGCUAAACGUCCAAAGAUAGUCCGUAAUUUAGAUGCGAAUUAAUUAGCUGUUAAUAAAAGCGCUAACGAGCGACGCAUACAGCCAUAAGCGAAGUAUAAUACAGAGAGGCGAGAGACGUUGAUCGAGAGGCGGGAAACUGUUUACCAAAGUACUAGCACGUAAGUCUGCAAGUUCGCCGGCGAUAACCCAAGGUCGCAGCGCUCCUCCCCCUUCCACGAAAGGUACACUGCUUCUCAUCGAUCGACGCAUCGACGACCGCCUCGUCGAGAUUCGCGCGUGUGUAAUUAGUAAGCGACUAAUAGCGACUUAAGGCUUCUUCUCUCGGCGUGAAUUCACGGCGCUGAACCGCCUAGGCUAGAAUUAUCGUGCCAAUUCAGAGCCAUCGUUGACGAGAGCAUUGUACCUGACAAUUACUACGAGAGUCAGAGCGCGGGAAGGCGCGCCGAAAAGCCCGUGCCUCGGCGAAACGAUGCUCCUAAGCGGUCAAGUCGAAAGUAUAAUAGCCGCACACGGUCGUUCGAAAGUCCUCCGGCAUAGAGAGAAAUCCGCCUCCCGGGAGAUUAUCCUUCGGCUCGCCUUGCGCGCGAACGAAGACGUUCCUGAAAACGACGCUCGUUUCGGUGCACCUGCCAUUUCGCCCCGUUACACGGCACGGGAAUAAAAAUUUAUCGCGUCUCUGGAUCCUCGCGCAAACGUCCACCAAUUUCGCCGGCACCGGCCGCGCGAAAUGACACAAAGCACCGAUCUACGAGGGGUAUAGCCCGCGUUCGCGAGCUGGAAUUUCAAGUAUAAUUACAUUUUGUAUGUAUUGCAUUUUCCGUUUGAGAGCUCGCCGGGAAAAUUUCAUAUGGCGGUGACCGUCGGACAGGCGGGCAGGGCUGGUUAUAAAUAUCGUUUCGCCUGGCACUGGCUUUAUAAGCAGUGUAGCUGUAGCGUGUAGCCGGCUUACAAGGUAUUUCAAAGCUUGUUACGCGCCCCUUUCUUUGAGCCACCGCCGACGCCGCUCGAAGGAAGAAAGCCCGCGAGAGAGCCUCGCUGCACCGGCCGGACACACAACAACAAAGCGAGAGAGAAAGAGUGAGCCUCUCCCCUCUUUCUCUCGCUCUCUCACUCGCUCUCUCUCUCUCUCACUCUUUCUCUCUUUUACAGGAUCAUCGUGAACCGGUGUUGUAACCUUAACACGAUACUUAUUUUUGCUAAAGAGUAGGAAGUCGCUCACGAUGCCAGUCACGAUGCAUCCCGAUAAUCUAACGAGUGAUGACUGCCGAUCGUUCGUUCGAGACGGACAGUGGCUCCAAAGUGGAGCCGAAUAGGAAAUCCUGAGGAUUCCGGAAACGGGAAUUUGGACUCGACGAGUCCUUUCGUGCUAUGCUUUACGAACGUCAAACGUUGAUUCGUGUUAGCGGUUAAAGUUACGUUUCGCGUAUGUUUUCGAAUAAUUCAUUUAUUCGUCGUUGUUUUGUACGAUGAAAGAUGUCAUUUACGUCUCGUCAUUUAGAUUUUUUCUUGCGCAUACGAUAUUACUGAUGUUAUCGAAGUUGCGCCGCGAUUCGAGCGAAUCACCGUGCGAAUACUAGUCGCGGAUGUGUUUUUGCAUCAGACGUUUUCUCGUCUCGCACUGCCGUCUUCGCGGAAAAAAACCGAUGGCGAACGAGCGGCGGUGAGGAAAAUUUUACUAAUAACAAACUCGUCGUUCGUAAUCCCCUAGAGUCCUCGAUGAGAUCUAGUACCUUCCGCUUUUGCUCAAGGAAUUACCUAAUGCCAAAUAAAUACUAUGUGCAAUAGAGCGCAAGGAAGUUAAGUUAUUAGAAUAACAUAACGUUGCGUUAAGUUUCACUAUCGAGAUAAAAUGUGGUGCAUCCGAGUGUCGAAUGAAAUUCAAAAUAUUACUGUAGAUUAUUUUUGUCGAUGAUACCUAGAUGAUAGGAGUGUAAUGGACAAUUUGUUCGAUUGAUCCUUUCAGUAUCGAAUCGAAUAGAUGGACAUUCUCUUGAAAAGAAUUUUACGAUAAUUCUAUUUUUAAUCCUCUUAAGAUUGUCACAUCAACGAACAUUAGUUCGACAAUUUGUAGGUCUCGAAGAGUGCAAUACGCACAGGGAUACUGAAAGGAUUAAAUAAUAAGUCUCGCGGCUUACAGUUUUCAUUUUUCUUCGCGUUAAUAUCGCCGUCGCGCGUCGACGCUUUUCUCGAAUUUUACGCGAAUGCAGGCGAUCGAAUCCAAUCGGAUUCGCCGAGCCUCCCAUUCGAGCGGUGGUGUUACGUGUUACAGGGUUUAGCGUUUUUUCGCAAUUCAAGGGUGGCUCAAGGUUUGUCGCUUCUCUCGGCAAUCUUCGUCCGAACUUGAUCAACGUGUCGAGAUAAAAAAUGCCGGGAUUGCUAGGAGAAGGAAUCAUUCUGUGAAUCGAUGUUGCUCAUAAUACGGUAAACUCUCGUUAGGUCGAAUCCUCCUCCACUACAAAUCCUCCUCCACGAUGAAUUGCUGCUAGUUUCGAGUUCCUCCGAAUUUGCUCUAACGAGAGUUUAUUGUGCUCGUACUUUGCCAUUGUGCGUACGUGUGAAUGCAUGUGUACGUGUGUGUUUGUGUGUAUGUCAGAAUUACGUUCGUUAUUAUUACCCACGUUACUUGGAUUGCGAAAAUCGAGUAGAGGAUCGAUAAGAUAGCGUACCGCUGUACAUGUACAUAUAUAUACGGUGUAAAAACAAGUACAUAACGUGCACUCAUCACACGUACAUAUACCACACACAUACACAGACAUACACACGCUCUGCGAGUAAAUGAAAUUUCCGCGAGAACCUCGUUGAUGUCGUAGAUCGUUAGAUUAGCACUCGUGACGCUUCUUUUAGCCGAUCUAGUCCUUAGAUCUAGCAUGGACCGCCCGUCGUAGUUAGACUGUUUUCGAUAGCGGCAGAUUACGUAACCGAGGGAUUCGCGCAAAACCGAGAGAGCAACUCUCGCGAGCCGAUGUGAGUUUCGGCGCUUCGGCGAAAUCGACGAGUCCGUCGUCCCUAUAAAUUUCGCGGCCGCAUUCGCCCAUCGCCUAAGGGUUAUUACUUCGAAAAACUAUAGCCAUUCGACGCGUUCUCCGUCUUACUUGGCGAGCAGCCUCCGUUUUACGACGCCGCGGCUCCUAAAUUCAACAACGGCGAAUUUCCGGGCGAAGGGGAACCGCGUCGACGGCCAGACGAGACGUCUUACUCCGCUUCCUGGCUCUUAAGAUUCAUGGUUGUCGCUCUUUAUGACGCUCUUUCGAUGUCGACGGGAAGCCGGUGGCACGAUCGCGCGGAACUUGUUAAGAUCCACGGCGAAUCGCGGAUAUUCGAUGCACCCAGUGGCCUUUACGGCCGAGAUUCACAUCCCGGUUUUUGCUAAGAUCUCGAGAAACGCGGCGGGUACUUUCGACCAUUCACAGCGCAGUCGAGCGCGUCGUUCUCGAUAAAAAGCACCGGAUGGUCGCGAUCUAUCGCUUCCGUCUGUACGAAUAGCGAAGAUCUCGCCUGGCCUUUCCCAGUCGAGCGUCCCCUUCGCGAAAACAUCAGGGUGGAUUUUGCAAAUUGAGAGGAACUCAAUCUCAUUUUUCAAUUAGACACUUUGUAAAUUAUCGUUUACCAUAAAAUUCUCCGUCGUACAUAUCCUGUCCUUGACAGAGGCGGCAUUUUUCCUCAAGGAGCAAAAUUUGAGGGAAAUGCGCGAUUAAAUUUUCGCACUGGGCGGAGCGCGAAUUUGGGACACAAUCUGGCCGAGGAUGUUAUUUCGGCGUAUCGCCGGUACGACACGCGUAUUAAUCUGCUCGCCCUCGGUCCGCGAGAGUCUCUUUGACUUUCUGUCUCUCUUUCUACUCUCCUCGGUUUAUCCCUCGGUGAAAUAACAUUAUUGUCUCGCCUAAAACGAUAGCGGUCGUGUCCUCCACUUUUCGGGGUAGUCUUCUAUAGCCUUUUAGGAUGAUUUAAGUGAAUACGUACGUCCGAUAUCACGGUCCCUCCUAACUACUUAGCCGUAGUCUAGACCCACUGAUGCACGCUUUCUUCGAAUCUGAAACGGAGUGCUCCUAUCUUCGUCAGCUGCACAACGGGUCUCUAGUCUAUCUUAUCGCGUCGCGCUACCCCAUCGCACCCGAAUGGUCCGUAAUUACAUCGAAUUAGCGUUCAAGUGUGUUUCAAGUCCGCAAAACAAUACGUACAAACAAUAUUUCUAUUUUUGUACAAAUAUAUUCUCCGGAAUGUGCAAAAGAAUUCAUUUUGCUUUUACUUCGUCUUGCUCGUGCCUCGUAUAAAAGUUACCUGUUAUAUAAAGAACAAAAGUGCUACAUUCAAGCGAUUAAUUACUCCAACAUUUCUCAGCAAAUGUUUACUUGGAUUAAAUAAAUUCUACUUACUGGAUCAAGUAAAUAUUUUACU